CAUCGCUUUUUAACAGACUAUAUGAUUUAGAAAAAAGCGUGUUUUGAUAGAACACAUAUGAUGGAACCCCGUAAUCUUCUGGACUGUAUGUGGAUAAGUUUUUCCAAAUCGGAUUUAUCUGCGCAUUUGUUUGCGGAGACGCACAUCUGAGGGGUUUUUUAAAGAUCUACCGGUUCUGCGGUCUUUAUUGGCGUAUGGAUUUGACUCAACUCAAUUAAUCAGGAGAUCACAGAGAGCUGGAUUACCAUUCAGGACAGCCCUGGAACAUUACUUUCUGUUCCCACAAUGUAUGGAAUAAAUCAGCGCUGCUUGUACAUAUCUUUUCACUUCUUCGUGGUGUGGUGCCACGCGCAGGGGGAGAAGAAUCACCCUUCUCCUAAUUUUAAGCAGUAUGUGAGGGAACAGGGCUCACUGACGGACCAGCUGAGCCGGCGGCAGGUCCGAGUCUACCAGCUGUACAGCAGAACGAGCGGCCGACACGUGCAGAUCCAGGGCAAGAGAGUGACCGCCACCGCAGAGGACGGAAACACUUUCGCCAGACUUUAUGUGGAGACAGACACCUUUGGAAGUCGUGUUCGGAUUAAAGGAGCAGAGAGCGGCAGAUACUUGUGCAUGAACCGCAGAGGAAAGCUAGUGGGCAAGCCCAAUGGCCGAGGAAGGGAUUGCAUCUUCACAGAGAUCGUGCUGGAGAACAACUACACUGCUUUCCAGAACGCUAAAUAUGAAGGCUGGUAUGUGGCUUUCAGCAGGAAAGGUCGGCCCAUCAAGGCUUCCAAAACCAGGGAGAACCAGCGAGAGGUUCACUUCAUCAAGCGCCUCCACAAAGGUCCACUUCCCUUCCCAAACUCGGACCAACCCAAACACUUUGAGUUCAUUAGCUUUCCACCAACCAGACGGGCUAAACGCAACAGAAAAUCCCACGCUUCUUCCUAACACCGUGCCACACGGACUCAUCGGACUUUUUUAUUUUAAUAAUAAAAAGAGGCAGCUUUAUUUUUUAUAUAUUUUCAUACUUAAUGGACUUGGAAAAAGCCAACCAUGCUGAAUGGAUGCUCAUUGUAAAGGGGUGAUUUGUAAAUAUGGUAUGACAGUAGAAAAGAAUGUAUAUAUAUAAAUACAACCCCAAUUCCGAAAAAGUUGGGACAGAAUGAAAAAUGCUAAUAAAAACAA